UGCCCAGCAGCCCCGGGGACCGCGAUCCCGAAGCCUUGGCAACCAAAGGGACGCUUUCUCCUUAGCAACCAGCGCGGCUCCCACCAUGGCUGAAGAAGAGGAAGGUGCUGCCCGGACGGAGAAAGUUAUCCGGAUCCAGAGGGUGUUUAUAAACCUGCUGGACUCCUACAGCAGCAGAAACAUCGGGAAGUUUCUCUCCAACUGUGUAGCCGGGGCGUCACUUGAAGAAAUUACAGAAGAAGAGGAAGAGGAAGAGGAAAGCGGGUUGUCUCUGCCGGAAGCCUCCUCAUUCAAGCUGAAGGAAGGCACGUUCCAGAUCGUGGGCACGAUCUCCACCCCGGGAGCCCCGAGGCCCAGCUUCGCCCUGGAGACGUACUCCGACAUCUCUCGAGAAGAGCUCCUCAUGCACCUGCUGGAGAGUGAUGUUAUCAUCUACAACAUCACUGAGAACGCAGAGCAGGCGGAAGAAGCCGUCUGGGCGGUCUCCGCACUGAACGAGGAAGUCAGCCACUUUGAGAAGCGGAAGCUGUUUAUUUUAGUUUCCACGGUGAUGACCUGGGCGCGAACCAGACCCCUGGACCCCGAUGAUUCUGAGGUUCCCUUUACCGAAGAGGAUUAUCGCAGGAGAAAGCACCAUCCUCAUUUUCUGGACCACAUCAACGCUGAAAAAAUGGUUCUCAAAUUUGGAAAAAAUGUCAAAAGAUUCACGACUUUCGUGGUCGCUGCUGGACUUCAGUAUGGAGUGGAAGGAGGCAUCUUACACUUCUUUUUGAAGUUAGCUUGGCUGGGUGAGGUCCCUGCAUUACCGGUGUUUGGGGAAGGAUCAAAUAUAAUUCCAACAAUUCACGUCCUGGAUCUCGCUGGAGUGAUACAAAACAUAAUAGACCACGUGCCCAAGGCUCAUUACGUGGUGGCUGUGGACGAGUCGGCCCAUACCCUGGAGGACUUAGUCAAGUGCAUCAGUAAGAACACUGGCCCCGGGAAAAUCCAGAGAGUACCCCAAGAAAAUGUUUUCCUGACCAAGGAAUUAACACAAGAGAGCAUCGACCACUUGCUGGUCAACCUGAGGAUGGAAGCCAUCUGCGUGAAGGAGCAUUUCAACAUGCGCUGGGUGGCCCACACCGGCUUCGUGGAGAACAUCAACAACAUCCUCAGAGAGUACAAGCAAAGCAGAAAGUUACUGCCCAUUAAGGUGUGCAUCCUCGGGCCCCCUGCCGUGGGCAAGUCCAGCGUCUCGGAAGUGCUGGCCAGGUACUACAGGCUGCAUCACGUCAAGCUGAAGGACGUCAUCUCCGAGGCCAUAGCCAAACUGGAGGCCGCCGUGGCGCCGAAGUACGGAGGGGAAGCAGAGGAGGAAGGUGAGGAAGAGGAAGAGGAAAACGUGGAAGAUGCACAGGAGCUCCUGGACGGGGUCAAGGAGAGCAUGGAGCAGAACGCAGGCCGGCUGGAAGAUCAAUAUGUAAUUCGAUUUAUAAGAGAAAAGCUGAAAUCUAUGCCUUGCAGGAAUCAAGGUUACGUUUUGGACGGCUUCCCAAAGACCUAUGAGCAAGCCAAAGACCUGUUCAGCCAAGAGGAGGAGGAGGAGGAAGAAACCAGAGGCAAAAUGUUUCCCUUUGAUAAAUUAAUCAUGCCUGAGUUCGUGUGCGCGCUGGACGCCCCGGAUGACUUCCUCAAGCUCCGGGUGAUGAACCUUCCCGAGAGCUUUGUGGCGGGCACGCACUACAGCCAGGACCGGUUCCUCCGGGCCCUGACCAACUACCGGGACAUCAAUACUGAAGACGAGACGGUCCUCAACUAUUUUGACGAAGUGGAAAUCCACCCGAUACAUAUCGAUGUAGGAAAACUGGAAGACGCUGAGAACAGACUCAUUAUCAAACGGCUCAUCAAAGAGAUCGGGGAGCCUCGAAAUUACGGUCUAACCGAGGAAGAAAAGGCAGAAGAGGAGCGGAGGGUUGCUGAGGAAGCCCUAGCCAAGGAGGCGGCGGCGAAGGCAGCCCACGAGCGCAAGGAAGCCAAGGAGAGGGCGGAGAAGAUCGCCCGGUGGGAGGAAUGGAACAAACGACUGGAGGAAGUGAAAAAGGAAGAGAGAGAGCUGCUGCAGGCGCAGUCCGCCCCCCUGAGAAACUAUCUGAUGACCUACGUCAUGCCCACGCUCAUGCAGGGCCUCAGCGAGUGCUGCAAGGUCAGGCCGGAGGACCCUGUUGAUUUUCUGGCAGAGUAUCUCUUCAGAAACAAUCCUGCAACACAGUGAAGCUGGAGAAACCUUGUGCCAUAACCCUCCACGGAGCUAGAGAUGACUUUGACACUGUAAUGUGAAAAACUGCAUUAAAACCUGCUUUCCCAGUUUUCAGAAAAAUUUUUUUAUUGCAAGCAAAUAUUUUAUUAAGUGAGAUUAUUAUCAAAAGCUGCGUGGUGAUGAGUGACUGCGUCAUUAAAACUAUAUUGGGAAGGUAAACUUGGUGAGGCGUCUGUGGCACAGCUUGUGGGAUGAGCCUUGAUUUGAUAUUUCAUUCUUAGUGUAAAUCAUCUGCAUGCUAAUAUUUCCAGUAAUUUACAGUGUGGAGAAAGUCAGACUACAUAUUAUUUGAACAUGUGGGCUAAUGAAUUUGCACAA